AGCUUCGCGUUUUCUGUGUCGCCGCCAUUUCACCAGGCGAAGGAUAGAAGCAGCGGCUGAGUGCUUUUAACGGUAGUGGCGACGCAACGGGACAACAACACGACUGAGCAGCGACCCUCGUUGUUUUUACGACUUUAAACUCGUUUUUAUCUGUAUCUAGACAUAGUCUGCGUGGUUUAGAACAGUUUAAUCUGAAAACGGAGGAGGACAGCGAACAUCUGAAGGCAAAAUGUCGUCUGAGCUAAAAUCAGAGAUACCAGAGAAACAAGAACAAGGAAAUGCUGUGAACGGCAAGUCCAACCAUGAGUCGAGAAAGGAGAGGCCCCAGAAGCGUGGUGGGGGGGGCCGGUUUGAACCUUACGGGAACCCCAACAAGAGAUACCGUGUGUUUGUCAGCAACAUUCCCUAUGAUGUUAAAUGGCAAACUCUGAAAGAUCUCAUGAAGGAAAAAGUGGGUGAGGUAACGUACGUGGAACACUUAAUGGACGGAGAAGGCAAAUCAAGGGGUUGUGCGGUGGUUGAGUUCAGAACUGAAGAGCUCAUGAAAAAGGCUGUAGAGAAAGUCAACAAACAUGUCAUGAACGGUCGUCCUCUCAAGGUCAAAGAGGAUCCAGAUGGAGUGAUUGCCCAGCGUGAAGCUAAUAGGGCUCACGGGGGUGGGGGUGGUGGCGGCGGCGGACCCCCAGGCAUGGGUGGAGGAAUGGGAGGAGGAAUGGGGAUGGGCCCAGGCCCUGGCGGUCCUUCCAUGGUCAACAUCCCUCCCAGUCUCAUGAACAACCCGAACAUCCCCAACGAGAUCAUCCACGGACUCCAGGCUGGAAAAAUCGGAAGCACCAUUUUUGUGGCCAAUCUGGACUACAAGGUUGGAUGGAAGAAGCUCAAGGAGGUGUUUGGAAUGGCUGGAGCUGUUGUGCGUGCAGAUAUCCUGGAGGAUAAAGACGGGAAGAGCAGGGGAAUGGGAACUGUCACAUUUGAGAUGCCCCUUGAGGCUGUUCAAGCAGUCUCAAUGUUCAACGGACAGCUCCUCUUCAACAGGGUCAUGCACGUCAAACUGGAUGAGAAAUCCCUUCCCAAAGGUGACUUUGCACCCCCAGACCGUCCUCCAGCCCUUCCUCGUGGUCUGAGUGGUGUCGGUCUCGGUCUGGGACCCGGCGGUCAACCCAUCGACGCUACCCAGCUCAACCGGGGUGGGAUGGGCAACAUGGGACCAGGAGGAAUGGAUGGAAUGGGAUUUGGUGGCAUGGGUAGAAUGGGAGGGAUGGAUAAUUUUGGAGGUGGUAUGAACAACAUGGAUCGUUUCGGCACUUCUGGAAUGGGAAGAAUGAAUGAUAUGGAUCGUGGAAUCGGCGGGGGCUUUGAUAGAGAUUUCGGUGGCCGUAAUGACAUGGGUAUGUCCCGUAGCAACUUUGGAGACUCAUUUGACCGAGGAAUGGGGAACUCCAUGGGAAUGGAUCGCAUGAACUCUGGCAUGGAUCGGCUUGGCGGCGGCAUGGACCGCAUGGGAGGACUGGGGCUUGGCGGCGGCAUGGACCGCAUGGGAGGACUGGACCGAAUGGGAAUGGAUCGCAUGGACCGCAUGUCUGAUCUGGACCGGUUGGGAUCUGGCUUCGACCGAAUGGGUUCAGGGCUUGACCGACUGGGGCCCAGUAUGGAUCGGCUGGGAUCAGGCCUCGACCGCAUGAGCUCCAGCGUGGACCGCAUGGGUCCUGGUGGGUUCGACCGCUUGGGCCCGUCCGGCAUGGAUCGCAUGAGCGGCGGAAUGGACUUUGCCUCUCCUAUGGGCAUAGACCGGAUGAACACAGGCCUCGACCGAAUGGGUUCAAACUUCGACCGCAUGGGCUCCGGUGGCAUGGACCGCUUCCCCUCCUCAGGUCUCGACCGCAUGGGUUCCAGCAUGGACCGGAUGGGCUCUGGUGGCGUUGGUGGGCAGUUUGACAGACCUGCUGAUAUGGAUCGUGGCAAUUUCGGGACUCCUUUCAGUGGGUCUGGACAAGGAGGGCCAGGGGCUGGUGGAGCCAAUGCCAGGAAGGGCUGCCAGAUUUUUGUCAGAAAUCUGCCCUUUGACUUCACUUGGAAGAUGUUGAAGGACACUUUCAAUUCAUGUGGCAUUGUGCAGUAUGCAGACAUAAAGAUGGAGAACGGCAAGUCCAAGGGCUGCGGUGUGGUGCGCUUUGACAGUCCUGAGACCGCCGAGCGAGCCUGUCGUACCAUGAACGGCUACCGGCUCAGCGGGCGAGAGAUUGACGUCAGGAUCGACAGAAAUGCAUAAUCGUCAUCUUUGCCUACUGAUUCCUUCCACUCCCUCACUAUGCUUUCCAAAUUAUUUGUCCGUUACAUAAUUGUAUUUGUGCCGAAUGGUACUAAUUUUUUUUUUUUUUAGUUUUGCCUAAGACUUUUAGAGACCAAAUGGUUUUUUUUCUCCCCAAUUUUUAUUGUGAUGCUUUCCAAGAAAUUGCCUUUGUUAAAGGUUUGCUAAUAAAUCUCAACAUUGAGAA